AAGCGAUUAUGUUACCAAUACGAAUCGAACCGUGCCAAUGGCCUAUUCCGUAAUAAUUAAUUAAUCCAACCAAAAACAAAAAACAAAGCAGAGAGUCUCAUCGAGAGAGACCAUCGCAGCAAUGAAGGAAGACAUGGAGAAGAUGGUGGCGGUAGGGCUCGUAUGGGGAGCCACUAAUACUCUGAUCCGCCGCGGAGCUCUCGCCUGGGAUAAGAGAAAGUCUUCUUCGACAACAGAGUCUUCUUCUUCUUCUUCUACUCUUCAGAUCCGCCGCAAAAUCAUGAUCGCUGUCCGCGACUGGAUCAAUCUCCUCCUCUUCUGGCAAUACUCAGUUCCUUUCCUCGUCAACCUCUCCGCCUCCGCUACGUUCUUCGCCCUACUCAGCCACGCUCCUAUCUCUCUAGCUGUUCCGGUCACCAACGCCACGACCUUCGCCGCAACCGCCGCUUUUGGGAUUCUUUUAGGGGAAGAAACUCAAAUCGGACCUGCUUUGUUAGGUACCAGCUUCAUUGUUUUUGGAAUUUGGCUAUGUCUUGUCUGAAUUUUGUGAUUUUUUUUUGUAAAACCGUGACUCUUGUUUCCGCUACAUAUCUAUUUUUUGUUUGCCUGAGGAAUUGGUUCAUU